UAAAUGUAUACAAAUUACAAACUAUACCGGGCAUCGGCGUCGAGCCUUGGCAUUCUUUGUCGUCGCCUGAAGCCUACUAUUUUCAAAGUUCACUGUAUGGCGAGAGCAGCUCUCUUUUACUUAGUUCGCUCACAAAGGAAACAGUUUUCCUUGGCAAAUUUCCGAACAGGUUACCAUGCUUGUAGGUUUGGAACAUGGAAAAAGUCCACCAGUAAACACGACUUUGACUUGGGGAUGCACCAGGUCACACAAAAGAGGUGGGCUACUCGAACUGUUGCAGCGGAAAAUGACAGUAAGAUCAGCAUUGGGCCUCAUAAAAGUGAAGCAGGAGAAGAGAGUAAAGACAGUGGAAUUGUUUAUUAUGGUCCAAUCUCAUCUACCAUCAAGAAAGUGAAGCUUCUCUCUCUCUCCACCUGUUGUUUAUCUGUGUCUUUAGGACCCGUAAUAACAUUCAUGACUUCACCUGACAUGAAUGUGAUUCUCAAGGGUGCUGUUGCUUCCUCUGUCAUAUUCCUAAGUGCUUCCACUACUGCAGCCCUUCACUGGUUUGUAAGUCCCUACAUUCACAAGCUCAGAUGGCAACCUGGCUCAGACAGCUUUGAGGUUGAGAUGAUGUCUUGGUUAGCUACAUACAUCCCGCGAACAAUUAAGUUUGCUGAUGUUAGGCCACCAGAAACUAACAGACCUUUUGUUACGUUCAAGGCGAAUGGAAAUUUCUACUUUGUUGAUACUGAGCACUGUCAUAACAAAGCUCUCUUGGCAAGGUUGACCCCCCAGAAAACUGCUCAUGAAUCAGCAUUUAAGAACUUAUGAGAGCUGAGAUUUGUUUACUUUUGGUAUGGUUAUUGGUAGGAGAUGCAAUCUGAUGCUUUUUUUGGGGCCAUCCUGCCUGAGGAUAUAUCAUCUUUUGGUUUUUGAGAAGGAAAAUAAGAAUGUAGUGAUACUUUUGACGUGACGUUUAUAUUGAACUGAUUGAUGAUUUUGCAUUUCAAGUAGAAAUCCUUGUAGGUUAUUGUGCAACUGCUUAAUAUGCUUCUAAGGAUGAUGGAUUCAGGGAUCC